CAAAAUGUAUAUCUCUAAACCGACCUACAAGAUAAUUGUGAUUAUAUUGAAUGUGAUUUGUGCGAUUCUUGGUUCCAUAUUGACGUGGUUCGGAUCAUGGCUACACAAAAGUGUAGAUGAUGAAAAAUUUGAUCAUGGCGAAGAAUUGGCAUCCAUUGUCAUAAUGACCUUGGGAGGAGUGUUAAUAUUUACGGCCAUCUACGGAACAGUGGCAACCAUCUUUGAAUUUUCCAAUAUGUUGAUCAGUUUUACUGUCCUGUUAAUAGCAUUGCUGGUAAUGCAAAUUGUAUUGGUGAGCAUUAGCUAUACAGCGCUGAAUAGUGGUUCGAAGAAGCUGGAGCAAGGUUUUGAUGAGCUAUGGGAUCCGCUACAUUUGAAACCUAGCGAAAAUUUAUCCUUCUAUGAGGAAUGGUUACAAUGCUGUGGCAAAAAUAGCCCUGAAGAUUAUUACCUCCUUGACAAAUAUCCACCAACAAGUUGCUGCAAAGAUCACAAUUGUACCAAAAUAUUUAAUUUAUACAAGGACGGCUGUGCCGACAAAUAUCGUGAAUAUGUCAAAUCAAAAGUUGAGUACUUUAAUAUUCUUAGUUGGGUAAUCAUUGUGACCGAGUUUAUUGGUUCCAUUUUCUCUUGCCUUUUGAUUGACAGCAUACGAAAUUACAGAGAUUUGCGACGAUUUUAUAGUUAAAGUAGAGUAACCCCAGUCAUGUCUUUAGU